GUAUGUAUUUGCUUAUGUUGAAAUAGAAUGCUCAUACACGGUUUUUCAGUCUUCUGGACAAUUUCCAUUUUGACUCUUUCCUGUACUAUGCUCUUCCACGGAUGGCAAUGAUGUGUAAAUUGAAAACCCUUUUACAUAAUUUAGAAACGGCGUUAAAGCUCGACAGUCUAGUUGGUGAUGUUGAAGAUGCUGUUUCUUCUUCCGUGAUUGGAAAGUUGAAAUCUCCCCGGGGAGCGAGUUCAGAGGAAACUCACCUGGUAGCCAUUAGCUCUCUGAAACAGAUCGAAGACAUUUUAACAUCUAUUAACAAAGCUAGGCCUCAGUGGUCUCGUCUUGUCUCAGCUGUAGAUCACAGGAUUGACCAAGCUCUGGCCAUUCUCCGGCCACAGGCAAUUGCAGACCAUCGAUCUCUUCUUUCAUCUCUUGGAUGGCCCCCUCCACUUGCUGGUUCAAGUCUUUCAGGCAAAAACACUGGGAAAUCACCAGAAUUUUCCAAUCCUCUCCUAACAAUGGAGGGAGAGCUAAAGGGAAAAUAUUGUGUAAGUUUCCUCUCCCUUUGCCAUUUGCAGGAGCUGCAAAUUCGUAGAAAGGCUCGUCAACUCGAGGGCUAUAACAUAGUGAUAGACCUCCACCAACCACUCUGGGUUAUAGAGGAACUAGUGACUCCAAUCUCACUAGCAACACAGCCUCAUUUUUCCAAAUGGUUAGACAAGCCCGAGUUUAUUUUCGCUCUCAUUUUCAAGAUCGCUAGGGAUUAUGUCGAUUCCAUGGAUGAUAUAUUGCAACCAUGGGUAGACAAAGCACGACUUGUUGGAUACAGCUGCAGGGAAGAGUGGAUAUCUGCAAUGGUUGCCUCCCUUUCUACUUAUUUGGCUAAAGAGAUCUUCCCCAAGUAUACCGAGCACAUAGAGUCUGACAGGUUGAGAUCAUCAUGGCUUCAACUGAUAGACCUGAUGAUAUCUUUUGAUAAAAGAAUGCAGUCUCUAUUGGCAAACUCAGGCUUACUGAUUUCACUAAGUGAAGUUGACAACCAGCGUAGCAUCUCAGCUCUCUCUGUAUUCUGUGACUGUCCAGAUUGGCUCGACAUAUGGGCGGAAAUCGAACGGGAAGAGAUGUUAGAGAAGCUAAAGUCAGCAAUACAAAUCGAGAAGAACUGGAAUACAAAGCUUCAAGUUACUAUCCUGAUGUCAGGCUCUCAGGAUUACAAGUCUCCUGCAGUCUCCAGUAUUUUUCUCGAAUGCCUCUCGCUUCUUAUUGACAGAGCACGGUCUCUCCCAAGCAUUUCUUUGAGAUAUAAGUUCAUAAAAUCGACAGGAUCACCCAUAAUCCAAGACUUUUUAGAUUGCUUGCUAAGAAGGUGCCAGGAAUCUGAGGGUCUCACUGCUUUGGCUGAUGACAAUGCAAUGAUAAAUGUUUCCUGCUCCAUCAAUGCAGCCCGGCACUGUGAGUCAACCUUAACAGAAUGGUGUGAAGACAUAUUUUUCCUUGAGAUUGAAACUGCUGAAGGAAGUGGUGUCUUUGACGAGGAGAUCAAAGGAAUGAAAGACUUCCAAGAUGAAUGGUCCGAGAAGAUAUCAACAGUUAUUUUAAGGGGAUUUGAUGCGCGGUGCCGAGAUUACUUAAAAAACAAGAAGCAGUGGCAGGAGAAGAGCGACGAAAGCCGGGUAGGCCUCAAAGCCUUCAUUGCUGCUCUAGACUAUCUCCAAGAGAAGAUCUCAAAGCUUGAAGGAGAGUUGAAUGCUAUUGACUUCACCAGAACCUGGAGAAGAGUGGCCUCUGGUGUUGAUCAGCUAGUGUUUAAUGGAGUUAUUGCAAGCAAUACAAAGUUUUCCGAUGCCGGUGUUCAAAGGUUUGUAAGUGAUAUUGAUAUCUUGUUUGGUGUUUUCUCAGCUUGGUGUUUAAGACCUGGAGGCUUUUUCCCUAAGCUGAGUGAGGGAACAAGGCUUCUGAGAAUGGAGGAGAAGCAACUCAGGCAUGAAUUGGUGAAGGGAAAGGAUAAAUGGUUACAAGAAAAUGGCAUAAGACAUCUAACUUUAUUAGAGGCAGAAAAGAUUGGGAAGAACAGAGUUUUUGUAGUAUGACAAAUUUUUGUUGUUUUUUAAGUUCGAACUGGGUUCUCUUCUGUCGGUUCUCGCUGCAAGGAGGGAAUGAACUGGGAGGAUGAGCUCUGCUGGAUAAAAUUCAAGUCUUCGGAAACUUUUUGUAUAUGAGGUUUGUGUUGGCUGUGCUCUUUAUCAUAUAUUAGUACUGUUUUAUUCUGAUUUAUUUAUCUUAGAUAAUGUAAUACUUCACUUAAUUCUUUCACAGAAGAUAAAGAACAACAACAAUAUAUCUUCAAAUCCUUGUCCUGAUUUCAAACCCAAGCUCAUUGGCUCGCAUCAAUAUGUUAUUUUUGGCAAAUGUUCUCUCUCUCUCUCUCUCUCUCUCAUCUCAAUCUCUGCCAGAAUAACAGGAAAGUUCGGAGGAAUUUUGGUUAGGAAGAAACCUUGGAAGUAAUUUUCUUCUAAUUAGAGAAGUUUUCUUCUCAAAAGGGUUGAAGGUGUCAGAAGAUUUAUGUGAACAUGUACAGAUUCAAGAAUAAUGUUUCGUUUGGGACAAAUUUUUUGUCGCUUAUUAAA